CGCGUCCCCGCCCCGGGGCCGGGCGGGGCGGGCCGGCGGCGGCGGCAGGGCCGGGCGCGCUGCAGGGCUGCCCGGCCGCGGGGCCGCCAUGCCCGCCAAGUCCAAGUACAACCUGGUGGACGACCGGCACGACCUCCGCAUCCCCCUGCACAACGAGGACGCCUUCCAGCACGGCAUCUGCUUCGAGGCCAAGUACAUCGGGAGCCUGGAUGUGCCGCGGCCGAACAGCCGCGUGGAGAUCGUGACGGCCAUGCGGCGCAUCAGGUAUGAGUUUAAAGCCAAGAAUAUCAAGAAGAAGAAAGUGAAUCUCAUCGUGUCGGUGGACGGCGUGAAGGUCAUUCUGAAGAAGAAGAAGAAGCUUCUUUCGUUGCAGAAAAAAGAAUGGGCCUGGGACGAGAACAAAAUGCUUGUCAUGCAUGAUCCCAUCUACAGGAUAUUCUAUGUGUCUCAUGACUCCCAGGACCUAAAGAUCUUCAGCUACAUUGCCAGGGAUGGGUCUAGCAAUGUCUUCAGGUGCAACGUCUUCAAGUCCAAGAAGAAGAGCCAAGCCAUGCGCAUCGUGCGGACGGUGGGGCAGGCGUUCGAGGUGUGCCACAAGCUGAGCCUGCAGCACACCCAGCAGAACGCCGACGGCCAGGAGGACGCAGACAGCGAGAGGAACGGAGAUGACCUGGACGUCCCAGCCUGUCGCCUCUCCGGCGUGGAGAGAGCGGCCGCCUCCGCCGAGGAGACCGACAUCGACGCCGUGGAGCUGCCGCUGCCCGGAGCCGACAUCCUGGACUUCAGCCGCGGCGUCACCGACCUCGAUGCUGUGGGCAAGGAGAGCUGCCUCCACCCUGAAGAUAUCCUGACAGCAUCACCCAAGAUGCUGCUGCCCUCAUCUGCCCAGUUGCCCGACCUGGGAACGCCCCUCUCUGCCCACCACCAGAUGCAGCUUCUCCAGCAACUCCUGCAGCAGCAGCAGCAGCAGACACAAGUGGCCGUGGCACAGGUCCACCUGCUGAAGGACCAGCUGGCAGCAGAAGCAGCGGCACGGCUGGAGGCCCAGGCUCGUGUGCACCAGCUCCUGCUCCAGAACAAGGACUUGCUGCAGCACAUCUCACUCCUGGUCAAACAGGUGCAGGAGCUGGAGCUGAAGCUGGCGGGGAACACGACCACAGGCUCCCAGGACAGUCUGCUGGAGAUCACCUUCCGCUCCAACGCCCUCCCCGUCCUCUGCGACCCGACCACCCCGCAGCCCGAGGACACCCACCCGCCGUCGCUGGGCCCCAGCUCGGCUUUCCCCAGCACCAUGGGCAGCCCCAUAGUGGACCAGAGCAUGUUUGAGAAUGCCAGCGCCGGCACGGCACCCGCGCCACGGGCGCAGCACGUCCCUGCCGCGGUGGGCACCCUGCCCCAGCCCUGCCGGCCCGCUGGCAGCCAGCACCUCCGCAACCUGGGCAAGGCCGUGGGCGCCAAGGUGAACGACCUCCUGCGCCGCAAGGAGCCGGCCGGCCUGCCCGCCGUGGGAGCCAUGGAGGUGAACGCCGGCGCGGGCGCUGUGCUGGGCACGGGACAGCCGGCUGCCGAGGACGGGGCUGUGGGGCUGGAGGCCUUUCCCCGGCUGGAACCCCCGCCCCCCACCACCAAGAAGCGGACGCCGCGCGCCCUGAAGACCCCCCAGGACAUGCUCAUUGCUCCGCAGCCAGAGGGGACCAGCACGAGGAGUGGCACCGAGGAGCCUCCUGAACCACCCUCAGCUCACCCUGAGCCCACAGAGGAGCCGCUGGGGAUGGGGGACCCGUCUCCUCCAGAGUGCCCUGGUGUCCUCAGUGUGACGGGUGCCCUAGAGCCCAGCGGGGACCAGCCUACCGGUGCCUUACCCGUGCCCGACCUCAUCCACAAGGGCAGCCAGGAGAGCCAGUGGCAAGUGGGUGAGAGGGCCACUGAGAUGUCACCCAGCACAGAGAAGCCCUCACGGAGACCGGGGCUGGAGCACGAGCCACCAGGGAGCACAGGGCGGCCAGAGCCAUGUACCUCUGGCUGGGAGGUGGAGGGGGCCCAUCCCGACCUACUGUCCUUUGAGUAGCAGUGGGUAGCUGUGACAGGAGAGCCAUAGGGGCUGGCUCUCCCAGACUUGUCCCUCACUGCCACUUGCCUUUUUUGGGCUGAUUAUUUUGGAAAGGGGGAAGCCUUGGAGUGGAACGAGCCAUUUGCUGCCCAGUGUGGGCUCUGGGGAGCCAUGACAACCUGCUUCUCCCCAAAUUCCCAGGAGGGGCACAGCCAUGGCUUCUGCAGCCCCAGUUUGGCCCCCUAUUCACCCUGGUCAGUGCCAAGCUCCUGGCCUGCCACAGUGCCACUGCCACCCUGUCUGCAGCCAGGAGCCUUGCUGAACUGGGGACCAAGGGGGUGCGUGGGGGUAGAAGUGCCAGCCUGCCCCAAACGCCACUGGCUCUGCUGGAGCGAGCAUCCUGUGAGCAUCCCACAAGCACCACACACUUCCCUGUGUCUGCACUGGCUGCCUUGGUCCAGAGGAUUUCCCAGCUUACACCGUGUGCUUGCUGAGAUACCCCAUCCUGGGGUACCAGCAGGCUCACCCAGCCCUGGUGCCUGGUGCCAACGAGCCAGGACAGCAGAUGUGUCCAGGGCCUUCU